UAUCCUCCUCAUGUCUUACUAUUACAGUUGGGUACAACAUUCUUUAAAUUACCCGGUGGUGAACUUAAAGCCGGAGAAGAUGAGGUUGAAGGUCUUAAGCGUUUACUCACUGAAACAUUGGGUCGCCAAGAUGGUAUUGCUAAUGAAUGGACAAUUGAAGAUACAAUUGGUAAUUGGUGGAGACCCAAUUUUGAGCCACCUCAAUAUCCUUAUGUUCCUCCUCACAUAACUAAACCAAAAGAGCACAAGAAACUAUUUCUUGUACAACUACCGGAGAAAGCUUUAUUUGCUGUUCCCAAGAAUUAUAAAUUGGUAGCUGCACCGCUAUUUGAAUUGUAUGACAAUGCUCAAGGAUAUGGACCUAUCAUCUCUAGCUUACCUCAAGCCCUGAGUCGCUUCAAUUUUAUUUACUUGUGAAUUAAAUAUACUCUAUUAUUGAACUAGAUCAGGAUCUAACUAUCAAUUCACAUCUCUUUUACUCUUGUGUUUUUCCUACAUCCUUAUUUUUUCAUAUUUUUCAAGACCUCUAAAAUGAUAUUCAUUUCAAUUUG